CCAUAUAUUAAAUGCAGAAUCGCCGGGAAACGUUAAGUGAGGUUCACACUUUGAAUGUAGACUCUGGUGGUCACGAUAUCAGCUUCAAAAGUAUUCAGAAAACGGGGCGUUCGUGAAUGCACCUCGGUUGUGUAUUCUGGCAGCAGAGCUUGUGUACAGCCACAGCCAGUGUGGCAGCUGAGAAUGUGACGAGAGUCACAGACCGCUAUUUUGAGGACUACGGUACAGUCGCGGAGCUGGAUAAAGAAUAGGCGCCUCCAUAGCUCCAUAGGAUCCUGGCUCACGCGUCGAAGUCCGGCGUGGUGGACUUUCCUCGAACCCCCCCCUUCCCAAAUGGUUAGAGGACAGCCGUUGUCCGCUUUCUUCCACUGCGGGGGUGAAGGCUGAAGUGCUCGGCGUGGACACGCAGCCACCCCAAGUCGAACGUAAAACGUGUUAUUAAUUUGUUUACAUUUUGCUAGGUUCUUGUGGUUUAAAUGUUUCGUCACAAACCAGCCUUUUUGAACGCACCAGCCAUUGACUGAAAUCAUCGGCGACUCACGCUCAACCUGCCGCCGCGACUUCCUGCGUGCAAACAUAAUAAAUGAUAGAGGAUACAAUGACCCUGCUGUCCCUAUUAGGUCGUAUCAUGCGUUAUUUUCUGCUAAGACCGGAGACCCUGUUCCUGCUGUGUAUCAGCCUGGCCCUGUGGAGUUACUUCUUCCACACGGACGAAGUGAAGACCAUCGUCAAGUCGAGCCGAGAUGCGGUGAAGAUGGUCAAGGGGAAAGUGGCCGAGAUGAUGCAGAACGAACGUUUCGGGGGCCUGGACGUCCUGGACGCCGAGUUCGCCAAGACGUGGGAGUUGAAAAGCAACAACGUAGCGGUGUACUCCAUCCAAGGCCGGAGAGACCACAUGGAGGACCGCUUCGAGGUGCUCGCCGACAUUGUCAACAAGAGUCACCCGUCCAUUUUUGGGAUUUUUGAUGGGCACGGAGGAGAGGCUGCUGCUGACUACGUAAAAGCUCACCUGCCGGAGGCGCUGCGCCAGCAGUUGCUGACCUAUGAACGCGAGAAAGAGCGAGACAGGGAAAAGGAUAAGGAGCAGGACGAGAAAAAAGACAUGGGUGGCUUCUCCUACCCGUCCAUCCUGGAGCAGCAAAUCUUGAAUUUAGACCGGGAAAUGUUGGAAAAGCUCUCCUCUACGUACAAUGAAGCAGGCACCACGUGUCUUGUGGCCCUACUGUCCGAUAAGGAGCUGACGGUAGCCAACGUCGGCGAUUCCCGAGGAGUGCUUUGCGAUAAAGACGGCAACGCCGUUCCUCUAUCACACGACCAUAAGCCAUACCAGCUUAAAGAACGCAAGAGGAUCAAGAAAGCUGGUGGCUUCAUCAGUUUCAAUGGCUCAUGGCGCGUGCAGGGCAUCCUGGCAAUGUCCCGCUCACUGGGCGACUACACCUUGAAGAAUCUCAACGUGGUCGUCCCCGAUCCCGACAUCCUGUCCUUCGACCUGAACAAGCUGCAGCCGGAGUUUAUGAUCCUGGCAUCGGACGGCCUCUGGGACACCUUCAGCAACGAGGAAGCCGUGCGCUUCAUCAGGGAACGGCUGGAUGAGCCUCACUUCGGCGCCAAAAGCAUCGUCCUUCAGUCUUUCUACCGCGGUUGCCCUGACAACAUCACCGUCAUGGUGGUCAAGUUCAAAGGCAAGGCUGCUGAGCCGUAGGGAGACGACAAGUAAGAAAGAAAAAAAAAACAGCAACCCUGAAACUUUUUGAGGUAUUUCUAUGGUAAUGGUUUAAUUUAUUUUGAACAUGCAGGUUACAUUGGAGUACAUCACAUAGUACAAGCCACACCUGUCCAAAAAGAAGUAGGAAGAAGCUUAGUUAAUUGUACCCCCUCUGUUUCACAUCACUUACAAUACAUUUGUUCACUUCCUGUAUUCCAAAUGUACACUUUGCCAAUUUUAAAUAGAUGAGAAAAUGAUAAGUCAGUAUAAGAAUGUGGUACAAUUUGAGUCAAGGUUUAUAAUAACUGUAAAUAUAAGUCAUAAUAAAUAAUAAUAGCUACAGUAUAUCAUAAUAACUGACAAAAAAGUUAAUAGAUGACAUAGUUGAAUGAGGAGUUAGUCGUACAUGCAAGAGACUUAGCAUUGUAAGUACACAGCGGUUCAGGCCUCUUUUUACUUGUAUUGUUUAUUGAAAAGGCUCAGUUUAGCGCAUUGUUUGACUUCUUGACUCAAUCCGUCCCGUAACCGGAUUCCACAAAUUGACAGGAUGAAGGUUUUUAGCAUUGUUCUUGCAUAAUUCUCCUCUCUUGUUGAGAAGAACUGUAUUAUGUUUUUGGGGUCCCGGGUGGUUUUCUUUAUGCAUAAUUCAUGCAAAUUUAUAUAUAAUAAUUGUAAUUUUUAGCAGUAAAAGGGUUUGUAUUUUCUCUACAAGCUGCAAUAUUGUUUUUUUAUUAAAUUUUUAUUUUUAAUUUAAUUUUUUUUAAUUUAAUUUAAUUUUUAUUUCAUUAAAAAAUUAUUUUUAUUUUUUUAAUUUAUUUUUUUUAUUUUAUUUUAUUUUUUUAGUUUUUAUUUUAUUUUAUUUUAUUUUAUUUUAUUUUAUUUUAUUUUAUUUUAUUUUAUUUUAUUUUAUUUUAUUUUAUUUUAUUUUCCUAACCGACCGUUUUUAUUAGCACAGUUAGCGAGUGAAGUGUAACAAUAAGUUAGAUUUGGUAAUACCAGCGAACAAUAGAAAGUAUGGAGUCAUUUUUGGUCCACAACAAAUGUAGCUUUUCUUUUCACCAUAUUAUGUUAUACAGUAUAUUUUUAGCGUGAGAUUUUUCCAGAUCAUAUUAUCAUCUAUGAUGACCCCCAGAAAUGCCAUUUAUUCAGAUUUGCAGAUCCUGCAGAUUCCAUUAGAAAGGUCCCCUUGCCGGCCAUUUGUUCUUUCUAAUUAUUUCACCUCAUAUUCUGUCAUUUUUCACUCAAAAAAGUGCUGCAAAUGCGUCAGAUUGCAAGUGCGGACACACAUUGUCUACUUGAUUCAGGACUAUUCCUAGUUAGUUUCAUUUUCUACCACAUUUAACAUACUUUUGGUUACUAUGAUAUACUGUGAUUGACAGUAUUACGGCAUAUGACUUGAACAGGAAGUGAUGUGUUUUGUGUUGGCGAUGAGAGAGCAACAACCUUUUGGAACUCUCUUUGAUUAUCGUACUGUCACUCCGAAGUGGCUUUAAUAGAAGUAAGAAGAAGUUAGAUGAAGAUUAACAAUAGCCACUACAUCGUGUUCUUCUAACGAGGUGGUUCUUUUGUUGUUGUGAAUGUAUUUUGGGAGGUUGUUAUCAUGCAGAGGAUAUUCCUCAUUUAGCACAUUAGCAAUCUGAACGUUGCCUGCUAAGUUCCAGCUGAAGACAAACAAACCCACCAUGUUUCAGAACACAUUUUGGCACCACCGUACAUCGCAUGUUUAGCGCCCUGACCAAUGCAUUGUGAAGCCAGAAUUUCAAAUUGUACAAUAAUCUACAGUUGUCAUUUUUUAUGUAUAUGGAUAUACUCUAGAGUAGUCUAUGUACAGCUUGUAUAGGUGUACUGUCCUCUGAAAGUAUAAAUACAACAUCCAUUAUAGUUAGCAACGCAAGUGAACUAAACUGUGUCCAUUUUUUUGUGAGCAACGUAGUUUUCCGGCAAUGCCUUAGUACAGGGGUGGGCAAACUUUUUGACUUGUGGGCCGCAUUGAUUUAACAACAUUGACGGGGGGGCCAGACUAUAUAAUAUUUUACACGUAACGGUCAAUUUUUACACGUAUAUUUUACACACGUUUUACAUGUAAAAGUGUCAUACAAUCUGCUAUAUGUGCACUUUGAGAUGAUUUAUUUGAUGUAAAGUGUGUUAUAAAUUAAAUGUAUUAUAAUAACAAUAAUAAUAAUAAUUAUUAUUAUUAUUCAAUAUUUUUUAUUUAGUAUUAUUAAUAAUAAUUACUUUUAUUAAUAAUUAUUAUUAUUUUAUUUAAUAUUAUUAUUAAUUAUUAAUAAUGUCAAUAAUUAAUAUUAUAUUAAUUAUAUUAUUAAGGCUCAAGCCUUGAUGUCAGGUUGUAUGUUGAGUUUAAAUGAAAUACUUUGGAAAGAACAGGUGGGCCGUAUUCAAGCACUUGGCGGGCUGGAUGUGGCCCCCGGGCCGUAGUUUGCCCACCCCUGCCUUAGUACCUUUGGGCAUGGACUGGUUGUUAUGGAGGAGAUGCUCCACAGGUGCUCAACAGGGUUCUGUUGUGGAGCCACACUCCAUCACCUUUCUGCAUUUGGAGGUGAGUUUGAGCUCCUUAUUGUGCCAUGUGGACCACUUUAUGCUACAGAAUGUGUACAGAAUUCAUGUUCCCCUUGAUGACCCACAACUCUCCGGUGCCAGCAGCACUCAUGCAGCCCCAGAUUGUGACACAACUGCAGGGCAAGGCAAGGCAUCUAUAGUGUUAAGUCAUCUAUACUGCUUUAAGAGCUGUACACAGACUACUCUAAAAUAUAGCCAAGUUUUAUUUGUGUUGUUUUGUUUGUUGAAAAGAUAUAUUGAAAUACAAAUGGCUGCUGAAGUCUGAGGCUUGUUGUCACUUUAUACUUUAUAAAGUAGUACAUUUUGGCCAGUUCAGUUCUAAUUGUGGCUGCUACUCUUAACCAGUCAUUUGUCAUAUAUAUCACUUUUACUUUUUGAGUGUUUUUAUUCUGAAUAAAUGAUAGAUGACUGGUGGAAUUUCUUUGAUGGCUUUUUAAAACAAAUCUACGUUGACCAGACCCGGCUUAUUAGCAUGUUUGCUCUGCUGCUCAUGCAAAUUCUGGUCACUAGAAUGGAAAACAAUAUGACCUUUUAUGAAGCAAUACAUUUCUAAUGAUGCUCAAGUCAUUACAUUACUAACAGACACUGACAUUGAUUGUUUAUGUAAACAAAGAAAAUGAAAUACAUCCCAUUGUAUAAUACGUCCUAUCACAUUCACACAUGAAACACACCUCCAAAUGAUUGUUGCUGCCUUAUGUGUUUGUUUUUUUUUGCUUUCCUGUAAUGGCAAAUAUUUUCAUUUAGCACCAUGUCACACUCUUAUAAUCUGUAAAAUUAUUUUUUUAAUGUCUCUAAGAGGCAUGAAUGUACAUACUGUCCUAAUGUUGCAGUCAUUCUCACUUGCGGUUGUUAUGCAGCAACAAAGAAAGCAAGGCUGAUUGUCCCGCGUCAGCAAUAUUUACAGUACCUGCCGUUUUUUGUUUUUUUUUUUCAUUUCAA